AUGCCGCGGCCACUCUCGCUUUCGCACACGGUCCAGCCCGACGACAUGGUCUUUCUUUCUCGCGGACAAACCCGCUUGCAGCUAGCCAACGCCCUUUCGAUUGCCCUUUAUGCGCCACUGCAUCGCCACGACCGAAUCUGGCUCAUGGCGAGUCAAGCCGAGGUUUUCCUCACCCUCGUCCUGUGUGCCGUCAUGGUCUACAAGAAGAAGACGCUCGGAAGCUUCUGGAUCAUCACCAAGCGAUCGACACCUUAUGGCACCUUCUAUGUCGCCAACGCCGUCUUCACCCUUGUUCUCGGCGUGAUCGGGUAUCUCAUCGCAUUCAUGAUCACCUUCGGCGUCGUCACUGCCUUUGAUCGCGCUAACAUCAGCUCUUUCGAGUACUUCUGGAUCAUCCCGCUCCCAUGGUUGCCUUUGAUCUUGGGCGGUUGGGUCAGUACGCAUGGUUUCGCUGUGGGCUGUAGUCCGCGAUCUCCCCUUUCCACCAUCGGCCUUUGCGCCAAGGCUGGCAAUUCGUACUAUCGAGCAAGACACUUCGUCCGCCGAGCCUUGCCAACCGACAUCCAGCACCAGAUGAGCCUACAUGUAGCUGGCAAAGCUAAUUUCCUCAGUGAUGCCGACCAGCUCGCGUCUGACGAACUCAUCUUGCUGGCACGUCAUGCUGCCGCCGGCUAUUUCGAGGUCUACCGAUACAGCUGCAUCAACUUGGCCGUCUAUGCCGCGUGCGCUUAUGCACUCUUUAUCCCAACGGCUGGCUACGGCAUCCCCAACAUCAUGAGUCUUGUCGACCACACGUGCUCGCGUCAAGAAGCGCCGCUGCCGGCGUCCUACACGACCUAUUUCCACAAGCUCUGGUUUCUGCUGACCCGGGGAAAGCCGACGGCCAAGGACGCUGCCUCUCAACGUAACCUAGCCACUUGGAAGAUGACCAUCCUCGCCAACAUCUAUGUGUGCUUGAUGGUCGGUUGCGUGCCUGCUUUCGGCUUUCUGCCCAUCUACAUCAUCACCUCAGGCUUCCCGCGUGGUGUGCUCGCCGGCAAUCUCGCGCCUAUGUGUCGAAAGAACUUGCUGGCUGUCAGCAUCAUCACCAUUUGUUCGUGCACCACUGUCGCCAUUUUUUGCACCGUCGCCACGCUCGACCCGCUCUUCCGCGCUGCUAUUGGCCUCGACGUCAUCCGCACGCAGGUGCCCAUCGACAUCAACGUCGACUUUGAAAGGGUCGAGUUUGAGGAGAGAGACAUCGUCUUGUCGACGGAACAGACAGGCAAGCCAAGCUUCCCGGCUUCAGGCGAGGACGUUGAGGCAGAUGGAAAACGCCCCCUCGCACUCACGCCGUCCGUGCGCAGCAUCGAAAGCACAUUCAAGGCUUCGGCGACCGCCGCAGACUUCUCCGACUCCUCGGUCGACACCCGCUCUGUCGUCGGGAUGGCAGAUGGUGAGAGUGCCGCUUCACAUAAAGGCCAUGCGGACAAGAUCAAGCACGGCUCCUCCUACGAGUGA